AUGGCGGACGUAGAGCCAGAAUUUGACGUGGAAAAAGACUUACCUGAAUUUUUAUCGUCAGUGCUCGAUAGAACAGGGCAGUGUAUACAUAAUAGUGAAACGGAUAUCAGUGACGUGCAAGCACAAUCUGUAGUUCUCGAUCGAACCGUUAGUCUUUUGAGUUCUAUUGCCUUAACUGACAUUGAGCAAGAUCGGAUCGAGUGGGAAUCUCUAGCUACUGCGUUUGCAGAAGUACUACGGGUUAUUGAAAAUCAUCUCAAAACUCUAGCAGUAAAACCUUCAUCAAUUUCUCGACAUAAAUGUAAAAUUCUCAGAACGGGAAAUCCUGGGAGACCACAGUUCCUUAUAUCUCCUGACACGUUAGAAGAUCUUCUCGGACUUGGAUUUUCAUUGGAAAAAAUUUCUUUGUUGUUUGGUGUGUCUCGUUGGACAAUUUAUCGUAGAGUAAAAUCAUAUGGCUUGCAAAGCACGGCGAAUUUUAGUUUGUUGCCGGAUACAGAAUUGGAUGAAUUACUUUUAGAGUAUAUUGCUCGUCAUGGAUUAACAACCGGGCGAACAUAUUUAGCCGGGUACCUUAAGUCACUUGGACUGAGGAUUCAAAGAAGAAGAAUUCGCGAGUGUUUAGCAAGGGUGGAUCCAGCGAAUACUGCCUUGAGGUGGGGAAUGGUUAUUUCUCGUAGGCAAUACUCCGUGCCAUGGCCAAAUUCUCUGUGGCAUUUAGAUGGUCAUCAUUCUCUCAUUCGCUGGGGUUUUGUAAUCCACGGAUGCAUGGAUGGUUUCUCUAGAAGAGUUGUGUUUCUUAGAUGUAGUAAUAAUAAUCUUUCAUAA